UGGCUGCAAACUGAUGUCAGGUGCCACCAUCAUUAGUGUGAAUCAGAAGCAGCUAGACCUAGCUCACCUUUGUGUAUUACAGAACACAGAAGAUGCAAUCCCAUAUUUCACUGAGCAUAUGGAAUUAUUGAAGUUAAGUUUCCCGAGGUUCAUCAAAAAUAAAAAGUGGUUGAAGAAAAAACAGAAUCUUACCUUUGCUGGUUGGUUAAAGGAGAGGGUUGCAAACGAAAUGAGAUUUGCCGAUAAUGCUGUUUCAGAAAGUAUUAGGUGGCUCGCAGGUGGACCGAAAAAGGAGGUCCCUACUUUUAGUGGAUAUCAUGUUAAUGGGGUUGAUUUCAACACUAUUGCACGUGACAAAGUCAGAUCAGUUCAAAACAGUGGGGUUUUUUUAGUUGCGGAUGCAAUGCAAGUUGCUAGUGCAAAGGAUAAUAACCCCAAAACCAAUGAUAUGGACUUCUACGGCAGGAUACAGCAAAUCUGGGAGGUGGACUACUACAAGUUUAGGUGGUAGUACGGUGCCCAGAGAGAGACUACCAAGGGGCUGGUAAUGAUGAAG